CUUUGGAGCUCAGAGAGGGGAAAGAGACGGCAGAGAGCUGAAGUCAUCAGUUACCAGACGAGCACACGAGCUGAGAGCAGGCGAGAGAAAGGGAGAGAUAGUGAAGUGCUCAACCGUGAAACUGUGAGCUAUCGAGAUUGAAUAGAGAAGAGCGACGUUUCGGAGACUGUUUAGAAAUAAAGCGCCAAAGUUUCACUGAAAGUUCCACGAGAUGCUGUGAUGAGGAUGACGCGAGGACCUCCUACAUGUCAGGCUGAAUAAAUAAAGUAACCUUCACACCUGGACGUGUCGUGCGGAAUCACAGUGGGGAAUACAGUCAUUCAGGAAGACAAUCCAACUUUAUCGCCCUGCCAAUUUAAUUUAAUUCCCUCCUCCCCAUCUUUAAGUUUUGCUUACAGUGCGCUGGAUGGAGAACUAACACUUUCAUUGUUUCCAUGGAAUGAGUGGCUCUCUCUUUGGAUAUCUCACAGUGGCACAUAUGUGGAUUGCCUCCAAUAUGUUACUGCCGAAUCGGCCCAGGUGCAUUUGGGCCAUUGAAAAUUCUGUUUCUCUUGCGCGUGAGCACAGCUGGGGCUUCUGCCCGGUUUAGGAAUAACCUGUUGAGUAUUGCACAGAUCAAAGUGCGAUAAGGGACAUUGAAAUUGACAGGACAAGCAUCAUUCCCCUGAUUACUAUGCAAUUACAACUGAUCUCCAUUGUUUUGAUCUUGCAUUGUAUGGAAUACACAAAUUGUCAGCAUCACGGCUCCAAGCACCUGCCAAACAAACAGGGUUCAGGGGUGAGCUGCCAGGGAGGCUGUCAGACCUGCUCGGUUUACAAUGGCUGUCUGACCUGCAAACCCAAGCUUUUUAUUCACCUGGAGAGGGACGGGAUGAGGCAGAUCGGUGUGUGCCUGGCCUCCUGCCCUAAUGGUUUCUACGGCACACGUUCCCCUGACCGGAACGACUGCAUAAAGUGUGGGUCAGAGUGCGACUCAUGCUUUAACAGGACUUGCCUGCGCUGCAGAGCAGGCUCCUACUUGCACAAGGGCAAGUGCAUGGAGAGCUGUCCAGAUGGGCUGGUUUCCAGCGAUACCAUGAAAGAGUGUGUCCCUGCAUGUCCUGCAGACUGCGAAUCCUGUCAGAACAGUGACACAUGUACGAGGUGUGCACCAGGACACUUCUUACUGCAUGGACAAUGUCAUCACGUCUGCCCAGAUGAGUUUGAGCCCAACGACUCAAUGGAGUGCAUCCCGACAGUGCACUGUGAAGUGAGCGAGUGGAAUGAAUGGGGCCCCUGCUCACGCUCAGGUAAAACCUGUGGCUUCAAAUGGGGCGAAGAAACAAGGACCAGGACGGUCCUACAGAACCCCUCUCCAAUGGGGAGCCCCAUGCCAGCAACUUCUGAAAAGAGGGAAUGCCUUGUAAAAAGAAGAAGAUGUAAGCCAAAAGGUCAGCGGCGGGGAGAGAAGAAAAAACGCUUCAACCUGCAGGAGAAAGAGAACGGCGAGGCCCGUCGAGAGAGGAAGAGAGAACGAGAGAAGGAGACGAUCGACCGAGAGGAUUCAGAAAGCCGGAACAAACAAACAGAGCACCGUCCCCGGAGGGACCAGAGCAGAGACGCUGGAACAGUAUAGAGAGAUGCUGCUCCUCACUGCUCCUCUGCCUUUCUUUCCCCUAUCAGUCCAUGU